UGCUGUCGCAGCCGCAGCGGGCGAGCCAUGGAUGGACCAUCCCCGUCCCCGGCCAGCGCUGCCCAGCCUCACCUCCCACUUUCCCUUCGCGCCCCCUCUGCCUUCCUCAGAAGGCCGGUUCCCUACGCCCCCGCCCCAGGCCCUCCGCAUUCCUCACUCACCCUGCCUCCCCCAAGGCAGGCUGCUCUCCUCCGUUCUUCUUCCUUUCCUUUCCCGACGCCCUCCUCUUUUCUCACACCCUGGAGCCCCUGGACAGGGGCUGAGGGCCAGGCAGUGGAGUGACCACCGCUCCCCAGGAGCCCCCUGCCCCACCUCCCCAGGGGGGCAGCGCAGCCGGCUCUGCCCCCGGGCGUGCCAUGCGCAGCACCACACUACUGGCACUGCUGGCGCUGGUCCUGCUCUACUUGGUGUCAGGUGCCCUGGUGUUCCGGGCCCUGGAGCAGCCACACGAGCAGCAGGCCCAGAGGGACCUGGGGGAGGUCCGAGAGAAGUUCCUGAAGGCCCAUCCAUGUGUGAAUGAGCACGAGCUGGGGGACUUCAUCAAGGAUGUGGCUAAUGCCCUGGGAGGGGGUGCAGACCCAGAAACCAACUCGACCAGUAACAGCAGCCACUCAGCCUGGAACCUGGGCAGCGCCUUCUUUUUCUCAGGGACCAUCAUCACCACCAUCGGCUAUGGCAAUGCAGCUCUGCGCACAGAUGCUGGGCGCCUCUUCUGCAUCUUUUAUGCACUGGUGGGGAUCCCAUUGUUUGGGAUCCUGCUGGCAGGGGUCGGGGACCGACUUGGCUCCUCCCUGCGCCGCGGCAUUGGUCACAUCGAAGCAAUCUUCCUGAAGUGGCACGUGCCACCAGGGCUGGUGCGAGUGCUUUCUGCGAUGCUCUUCCUGCUGAUCGGCUGCCUGCUCUUUGUCCUCACGCCCACAUUCGUGUUCUGCUAUAUGGAGGACUGGAGCAAGCUGGAGGCCAUCUACUUUGUCAUAGUGACGCUCACCACCGUGGGCUUCGGCGAUUACGUGGCCGGCGCCGAUCCCAGACAGGACUCUCCAGCCUACCAGCCGCUGGUGUGGUUCUGGAUCUUGCUCGGCCUGGCCUACUUCGCCUCGGUGCUCACCACCAUCGGGAACUGGUUGCGAGUGGUGUCCCGCCGCACUCGGGCAGAGAUGGGUGGCCUCACGGCGCAGGCUGCCAGCUGGACUGGCACAGUGACUGCGCGGGUGACCCAGCGAGCCGGGCCCACCGUACCACCGCAGGAGAAGGAGCCGCCACUCCUGCCCCCACCGCCCUGUCCAGCGCAGCCGGUCCGCAAACCCCCAUCUCCUGCACCCCCGGAGAAGGUCCAAACGCCUUCCCCGCCCACAGCCUCCGCCUUGGAUUACCCCAGCGAGAAUCUGGCCUUCAUCGACGAGUCCUCUGACACGCAGAGCGAGCGCGGCUGCGCGCUGCCUCGGGCGCCGCGGGGUCGUCGCCGUCCCAACCCCCCCAGGAAGCCAGCGCGGCCCCGGGGUCCCGGGCGCCCCCGAGACAAAGGCGUGCCAGUGUAGGGGCAGGAU